GGCUGCUCCAAUGGCUAGUCAUUCAGCCUUCUUUUAUGGCACGCUCAUGGCGCCCGCCGUGCUCCAUCGAGUGAUUCACGGCUCAUCAAAUCCUCAACCAUGGCAGCGAGACCUACUCACUAUACGCCCAGCUAUGUUAUACGGACAUCAUCGACACCGGGUAGCACAUGCUGACUACCCGGCUGUGAUCCCCUCAUCCGAACCCAAAGCUUGCGUCAGGGGAACGCUCGUGACCGGGCUGACUGAAGGGGACCUAUGGCGUCUCGAUAUCUUCGAGGGCGACGAGUAUGAGCGCAGAAACAUCCGAGCGAAGAUAUUGGUCGAAGAAGACGGUGAGAGUGUUGAGACUGACGAGGUCGAAGCACAAACAUACAUCUGGAUCGCCGGGGAGAGUCUCCUGGAUGAGACUGAAUGGGACUUUGACGAGUUCGUCCGAGACAAGAUGUCCAGAUGGGUUGGUGCAGAGGGCGAUGGUGAAUACGCUGGUAGGCCUUCAAUCAUUGAAGUAGACGAGGCCGUCAAAGCGCAAGACACAGAUCCUACUCGUGGACGUGGACUGAACGGGAACAUCACUCGAGCAUUACAGCAACACAGCAAGUCGAAUGGGAUUGUAGGCAGCGCCACUUGAGGUAGCGCCACCACUCAUACGGCGCGAUAGGUUGCAUCACUAGGAUGAAGUGUGCGGUUGAUUGAGAUUUAGAGGGUUUUAGCGAGUGUUAAUACGACUUCUCCGUGUAGUC